AUGGUUGUUCUGAUUGGCCGGUAUUUGAAACGGUCCCUGCUGAGAAAGUUUGCGAAGGAGGGGUCACAGCCCGAAGACUGUCCUGCUCAGCCCUAUGAUGGAAUUGAGAUGAUGGGAGAGGUGGAAUCAGAAGAAGGGCCAUUGGUGUCGAAUCCGAUCCUCAGGAGCCGGGUACUCCGUCCCUGGUAUCCAAAACAGCUUCGUUUGUGUCUGCCCAACAUGAAUGGCCAUGGCACACAAGGCCACUUGGAUGAUCCAGCUCGGGCCCCUCCUUCUCCUCGUCCCAAGACAGGCUCCCGAACCAGCUCCAGUUCCUCUUCAACAGUGCAAACAACUUCCACACACUCUCACCGAUACCACCAUAGCCGUUGCGGCGAACGAACAAAAUCGCACUUGUCGCGAGAGCUUUCCGACGGCGCGAGUCUUGCCGUAACUCCAAUGUCUGCCUUGUUGCAAGAGAGAUUGGAGCGCGAGCGGAGGGUUGAGAGCGAGCGCGCGUCAAGUAGGACAAGCAAUGAUCUCUUUCGUUCUACCGUCGACAACCGAGCGAUCCGCAGCCCGUCCCCCGCAGAUAGUCGUCCAAUCUCGAGCCAAAGCUCAGAAUCGGCUAGGAAGAAGGGCCUGGGAGUCAAGGAGAUGGAACAGACUCUUUCGAAUCUCCACAAGCAGAACUUUGACCUGAAGCUUGAACUUUACCAUCGGCGGGAAAGGCAGACGGUGUUGGAGGAGAGCUUGGAAAGGUUGGAGCUCCAAAAAGCCGAGACGGACAAGAUGAAUGACAGGCUUGUUCACGAGCUGGAGAAAAGGGACAAGGCAGUUGAAGAAGCUGUCAGCAUGAUUGUGGUUUUGGAAGCCCGGGUUGAGCAGUUGCUCAGGGAGCGAGAGAUGGUCCGGCGAGUUGAGGUCCAAGGAUUGCCAGGCGCGGAGGCAACAUCAAAACACAAGGUCCUUCUGCCAUCUGGGUCCGACGAGGUUAAGACCCUCAAUCGAAUGCCCAGUUUUGUCUCUGAGCACAGUGAGAGCACCGAAAACCUUCGAAAUGUAUAUCUGGGGGCCCGCGGCAACGUGCCCAGUCUCCCAACCAUGCCCGAAGCCACCCCUGAGACAACCCGUGGGAGUGUCAGACUUGACAGUCCAACGUUGAGCAUUUUGAGUGAAAGUUCUUUUGUGAGCGUAUAUGGUCGGACCAAGUCUCCAGACGCACCAUCGCCUAAGGAAGAGAGUCCCUCACUCAUGGACACGUCUUGCAUGCAGCGCAUGCUUGCUCUGGAAUCACCAACCAGAGUCAGAAGUGCCACCCCCAAGAACCGUCCCAGCAUAGCCCGCGCCAUCUCGAAUGAAUAUACGCAUUUCCACACCAUUACCGACGUGAUCGGGGCCGGAAGUUCGCCUCUUCGUCAGCUGGAGAAGGUGGAAGUCAAACGUCGAGCCCUCCAGGAUGCCGCCAGAGCACAAACCACAGCCAACGACUUCUCCCCCUUUUCUCGCCCACCAUCCUCCAUGGCUAAGCGUAAAACGAAACAGGAAAAGAGGGAGGCUCUGGAAAAGGUUCUUACGCACGGAAGUUUGACAAGCGAACGCGGGCUUCCUCCAACGCCUGAUACCAUCUCCACCACAACACUGCGGCUGUACAAAAACUCCAAUGACACCCUAUCCCACGAGCCAAACCUAACAAAUGAGCAGAGUUAUCUGGCUCUAUCGGAAACAACGGCCUCGCACCAUUCAGUGCCUGACGAGCACGGCACCAGUCUGGAACCUCGCACACAGACGACGCAUACGCAGCCAGCAUCAACGACGGCAUUUGACAGCCGCAAAAAAGCCGGCAAAAAUGAAGAUAUGGACCAGCUCCAACGACCCCAAUCAACGAGAGAUGCUUUGCGUCAAUACAAGGGUGCAGAUGACGCUGAAUCGACCACGUCGAGUGUUGACACUUGGCUCCAAGAGGGCAUGAAGCCACCAAGAAAGGCCCCGCUUGAUCCCAUGAGUUCUGUUUCGCAGGCCCAUCCAAACUACAGGGCAGAUCGCGCUUCACCAGAUCUGUUCUCCUUCCCAUCUUCUACCAAGGGCUGGGCGACCAACGUCAUGUUUGGUUCGCUGCAAGGUGCAGGAUAUAUGGGGGCUGGCGGGAACGGUUUGCCGCACCCGCCAAUGGCUGACACUCUCGAUGCAAUUAGCAAGUCAUUGACCAAACCUGUCUUUAGUUCGGGGGUAUUGACACCGACGCUGGACUCGCUCAACUCUGCGCCUCCGCCGCCGAAUCGCAGGUCAAGUCUACAGGCCAAGACGGGGGCCGACCUCUCGGGAGCCGCAUCAGCCUCCCCUGCGCGACCAUCCCCAUCGUCAAAGAUAAAGAUGAGUGUUGGAAAGGGAAGUAGAGCAAGAAGCAACAGUAUAGAUAUCAGGCCCCCGUCUCGCCAGCUCGCAGAUAUGGCUCAAGGUCGAGCAAUGACAGUGCCACCGAAACAGGCUCAUCAACCGCCGCCUCCACCCCGAAAGGUUUCGCAGAGUCAUCCGGACACACAGGGCACACCACCACAGUCCGUAUCAAAGCAACACCAUUACCCUCCAACCGCAAGCCAGGCCCCCGCUGCUGCCACCCCUGCUCGGCCUAGAUCGCGCGGACUGAAUCACUUCUUCCGUCGCUCCACCGGCUCGGCCGACCCACCCGUUGCGACACCAUUCGCCGCACCGGCUGCAGACACGACCUCAAAAGACGAACGGCCACUGAUCGGAAUACCUUCUUGGGGACGACGCGGCUCGCUCGUUGAUGACGAUCGGGCUAAUUCCAGUGCCACGCCACCGCCUAUCUUGAGGAGUAAGGCUCUAGAAAGAAAGGUUGAAUUUGACGAUGAUGGGGGAGGGGUUGAACUAGAAUUACAGGGCAAUGAAGGCGCGACGGUGGGACAUGUGCACGACAGCGGGGGGGCAGCCGUAGAACGGGGUGGAGGAGCGCCGAUUGCCAGUGGGGGAGCGCCUGUCGUAGGUGGUGGGAAGCGGAAAUGGCUUAACCUAGCGAGAGUUGGGAGCCUGAGGAACCGUUGAAGCUGGUGACAGUUGCGAGGAGGGCGGGUGUUGACGAGUGAAUAACAAAGGGGAAAAGGCACUGCGUUGUGCGCAUCCUGAGCAGGCGUAUCUUCGCUUUGAAGUCAAACAUAGUUUUUUUUGGUAUGGUUUAUCUGAUAUCGAUGGACGGAAGAAUAUGUUUAUUGGUGGGGGAGUGUUACUGUUUCAAGGCUCGGAUUCAAGGCCGUGUGAGUUCAAGUUAUUGGCAUGAUGAAUGAUGGAAAGACUGAAUGAAGAAAAAGAUGAAGGUGGCAUACCGGCGAGAUGGUAGAUAGAAGCGGAUCGACAUGUAUGAUACCUACCUAACAUUGAAUUUUGGGAUGAGAUACCAACGUACACUGUAGGAGAACUCGCAGGAUUGGACCCAGCGUGCAUCGUCGUGUUCAAGGCCUUGAAUGACCCCG